UUGUUUGCUUUAGAGUAGGUCGUAUGGGAAGGUGAUUCUCCGAGAAGCAGAUCACUUCCUUGUGUUUCCUUUGGCCAGAUUUAUGACUGAUAAGUGAGCGACAGUCAAGCUCGACUGAACUAAUUUAUCGGGACAUGCAUGUUACCCGUGGGCAUCACUAAGAUUUUUGUCCUGAGCGACGGACAAGUCAGAUGGUGCAGAAACAGUGGAGGCUUCGGGCAGCAAAAUGAAGGAGUUUCGUCUCUUAUGGGUCGCCGAAAGCGCGGUGGAAAAACAUAAUACUUAUAAUAAUAAUAAAAUAUACGUAUGUGUAUAUAUAUAUGCGCUGAGCAUUUGGGUCGCAAUUUGCUGACUAGGGAAUAAAGAGGAAAAUGAAGCUAAACCAAUUCAGAACCUCCGGUUUACAACACCGGAUAUCAGUCCAGUAAAUAACAGGAUAUAUAUAUGAUUUACAUUUUUAGGUUAUGAUUUGACUGGUGGUCAUAUUAGUCUGCAGUUUAUUCAUAUGCUGUCCAGGAUAAAUUUCAGACCCCCCAACCCUAAACAGGAUACGAGCUUAGAUGAUAGAUGAGAGCAAAUACACCAAGUGCCCUGUCAGGAAAAAAGUAUUUGCACCUUUGAAUGUAAAUGACUUAGUAUUAUCACUGGGGCUGCACCCUCGGGGGUUAGUUGUACUCCUAGCUGCAGGAAAAUGCCCCUUUUAAUGUACAGAAAUUGACUCUGAGGAACAUUUUUGAGGAACAAAUUUGAGUUUAUGCACGCUAGAAACAUAACAUAGCAAUGCACAAACCAUGUUUUGAGAUUAAUUACAAUUGAGAUUAAUUAAAUGAUAUUGUGAGAGAGAAAAACAGCAUCAAUGUGACACAAUAUGAUUUACUGUCAUAGCUGAAAUUUUACAUGUGAUCGGUCAUGUGGCUCCACAUGACUGCAGUUUCAACCGUCUGGAGGCAUUAAUCAGGUGUUACAGGUCGCACUCCUUUUUACAUCCCUGGGUGAAAUUAACUUAUUGCCCGGAAGAUGGGGCCAUUUCAUUGACAACAGAAGUUCAGCACUGCUUACCAUGGUGCAAAGUUAAAAGAAUCCAGUGACACAUAUAAAACAAGUAACAGGUAAAUCAUUAAGUCCGAGCGAUAUUUAAAACCUCAGCAUACAGUCGCAUAUCUGUAAGUAAGAUUCAGUGUUAGUACCGUUUCCUCAUUCACUCGAUAUGGUUGUGUCCCAGGUACAAAGCCACAAAAUAUUACGCAAGAUAUAUCACUUUUAUAUAUUGCUAUUGCUCGUUUCUAAUUUUUUUUUAUGGUUUUCACUAUAAAAGUAAUUUUCACGGAGAAGCAUUUGGGUUUGUUCUGUUUGGAUUUGUAGUGCCCAUAUGUAUCAGCAGGGGGCGUGCCGCGCUCACACAAUCAGUAAUCGUCCUUAGACCUCAAUAAGCCGCUCCGUCAGCCUGCAUUUACUCAGAAUUUCCUGUACAUUUCCACCGAGGAAGUCUCCUUACUGACUGCACCCACACCGUAUUUGUUUGCCAUUAUACAGCGGAAGUGUGCUAAUUGGCUGGAGAUCUAUUUGCACUGGAUCAAGCUGACUGUAAUGUUUAUUUUGUCUGUGAAGGUGUUUGAGAUUGAUUCAAGUGAUGCAGCUGGUGCCACUCGAAGCGAUUUCAUUAACUAAAGCAAAUCUACGUGCAGGGGUCACUGACGUUGGAUGACCUGUGUAACAGACAUCACGAUCACUAAAGGAGUGGCAGUCCCACUGCCCAGAAGUCAUCCGCAUUAGGAAGUUGUGAAGAAUGAGAAAACACUAUGCGGUUCCUCUUUGUACAGAGAGGCCUGGCGAGUGAGUCAAUAUGGGAAAAUCUGACCAGUGCUCGUAUGUAGAUUAAACUACUGAACACAGAGACAAUUAAAACGUGAAUGUUGGCACACAUAGAGCAGCGUAAUGCUGUGACCAGCAGAGUGUGACUUCACAGGAUCAUGUUAAAGGUAAAUCACAAAAACAGGCUUUUGGGCAGAGUAAAAAAACAAAAGGUUUCAUAUUUUUACAAUUAAUACUCCCCUUUGAAUUGUCCAGGGUAGGUAGAAUCAUAUCUGAACUGACAAGAGUAAUAAGGAAGUAAUUGUCCCUCUUUUAGUUACAGAUAGAACAUUUACUGUAAAUAGCAGAACAAAUCUGAAUGCCGUUUGGUUACUUCAUGUUCCGAUCACCUUGGUUUGUGUUAACUUCACUCAUUUUGGGGACUCUGCUUUCUCCAUCCUGAUCCUGAAGUCUACCGCCGAACUGAACUUGAUCAUGACCCCGCUGCAGGACAAUGGCCAUGUCUAUGCUGCCCCCUUCCUCCUGCUUCCUGGGCUCCUGCUGCUCUGUACCUGCUGCACAUACAGGAAAUCGAACGCAUCAUGUGCAAAGCAGAAGUUCACAGAUGAUACUGAGCAGGUGUCCCAGGCAGCAACAGGAAGCCCUGUUGAUGGGAAACGCACAGAUGCAGUGGAAGCCGGUCACCAGCCCGAAAGGAAAGAUGCCCCAAACACUCAUACAGGAAAAACAGCAUUUGUCUGUGUCACAGAGGAAGAACCGGCAAGGACUGCGCCCUUGGCAAAUCGCCGAUUGCCAUCCUUGCCUAAGUCCACCACGGGGCGCAUGGUGGGAUCUGUGGUGUACGAUACAGUGGUGGACAUACGUGAGUGGCCUGCCGCAGAGGCCAAAGUGGGACGGCGACAGACGUCCAGCUGCAGCAGUCUGUACGCAGAGGUGCGGUGGGGAGAGAAAAAGAGCGAGGACACGUCCAUUUUCAUCAGUGCCAAACCUCUCAGCACGCGACCCUCCACCUGCAGGGACUUGGCAAGCCCCAGUGGCGACGCAGACUUCCCACUCUACGCUAAAGUGAACAAGACUGGCAAGCGGAUGGUCAAAUCAGAGCUGAUCUCCUGAGACCCUCUCCAGGGACCUGGACAAAGCAAAACGGAGGCAAACACACAGCUGGCAACCGAGCAACAAUUCUUCUUUGUUGUAUAAAUUAAAAAAAGAAAACUUUCCUGGGAUGGUUGAGCUUCAGAAUGUUUCAGCCAGACAUGCUCAGCUCAUUAAUUAUGGUUUUAAUUAUGAAUUUAGCCAUAUAUAGUUUUAUAUAUUUAGAGCACUAGAGAUUGAGUACUGUGAUUAAAGAUUCAAUAGCCAGGAAUAUCGCAGAAAAUCCCAGGCCAAUACUUUUAAUGCUACAAGUCUGGAGGCCAGUAUAUUACCUGCUUUCCCUUUUAAAGCUCUUAAUAAGACCGUCAUACUACUUUUUUUUUGUUUUGUAUUUCAGUCAUUUAAUAACAAGUGAAGGUACAACAAAAGGCUUUUUCAAUAAGACGACGUAUUCUCAUUUAUGAAUGCCGCAAGUGUAUCUGUGAUUCUUGAUUGUAAUUGUUUAUUAUUAAACGCAAACAUCUCUUGGUGAAAAUAA